AGGAAAUAUUUUUCGAUAUCGAAAAAACCAAAUUCUACCUACAUAGGAAGGAAUAUUUAUUUGUCAAAUAAAUAUAUUUUAAGCGAAGCUGAGAAAGAAAUGCCUCUUCCUAGUACUUUACUGCAUCGUCUGGCACAACGGGGAAUAGUGAAUAUUGAAAAAUCUAGAGAAAAAGAAUGUGAAGAAACUUUUGCUGAAGAUUAUUCUGAAAAAGAUGAUGUUAAUCCCGAAAAUUUUGAAUAUCACACGAAGAAACGAGAUGAUAAUAUCUGGAUGGUAAAAGUAAAACGAAGGUUUAAAGAAACAACAAAAGGUGUUAAAGGUUGUCCCAACAAGUGGAACGUUUUCCAUAUUUGUACAGUUUUCUGUCUUGAGAGAUGGGGUGAAGGACAAUUAAAACCAUCAAAGAGUUAUAAAGAAAGAUAUAAUCGAUUAAUUAAACGAUAUCCUAUACCAAAAAAUUGGAUAAAUGUGUGGGAUCCUGGAUGUGAAGCAUACUACUUUUGGAAUCAAUUAACAAACGAAGUUUCAUGGCUGCCACCUAAACAUCCCAAAGCUAUAGUAUGUAAGGCUGCUGCGAUGUUAAGACGAGAAAAAGAUAAACCAGAAAUGGACAUAGAAGAUGAAGAAACAUUAUGUGUUACAAACUCUCUACCGGAAGAAGAAGCACAACAAAGAUCAUUAACAGUUCCGAAAAAGGUCAAAUCGCGCGAUCUCGACAAGAUUCUUAGAUAUAAAAAAUUUCGAAAGCACGGUCAAGAAUAUUCUGAUAUCUUAGACCCAAUGGAUCCUGCAUCAUACGGAGAUUGUGCGAGAGGAAGUUGGAGCUCUGGUCUGGAUAGCAAAAUGACAGACAUACGGCGUAGAAAACAUUUCAAUUCUUUGUCACCUUUAUUAAAAUUAGAUGUGUUUGAAAUGAAUAAGUUACCUGAAGAAAUUGAGCAAAAAUCAAUCAUUGGUGGCACAAUAUCUUUUCUAUCUCGAAUAUUGAUUGGAUUCAUGAUAUAUAAAGAAAUGCAAUACUAUUUUGAUACUUCUGUUGCUUUUAAAUUUAUUCCUGAUGCUGAAAUACAAUCGAAGCUUAAAUUUAAUUUGGACAUAACAGUGAAAAUGCCUUUUGCAGAAAUAUUGUAUAAAUCCAAUGAAAAUUUUGAUCUCAAAAUGCCUGAAAGAAGUCUUCGACCCGUUGAACCUUAUGAUGCAUGCCGUAUUCAUGGCACUCUGACUGUAAACAAAGUUGCAGGAAAUUUUCAUAUCACAGGAGGAAAAAGUCUCUACUUUCCGCAAGGACAUUUACAUUUGAAUAUUAUAUUUGGUGAAGUUCCGGCAAAUUUUAGUCAUAGAAUCACAAAAUUGAGUUUUGGUAAUCCUCAAUCUGUUAUCGUUCAACCGCUUGAGUACGAAGAAAAAAUUAUAACUGAUGAAAAAUCGCUCAUUAUAUACUAUAUUGAAGUGGUUCCAACAGAUAUUGAAACAUUUAGAUCUCACAUUAAAGCUUAUCAGUACAGCGUCAAAGAAAAUAUCAGACAUAUUGAUCAUAAUCAAGGAUCUCAUGGGACGCCUGGCAUUUAUAUUAAGUAUGACAUGAGUGCGCUAAAAGUUAGAGUUCUGCGGAAUCGAGAAAAUAUUCUGAAGCUUCUGAUUCGUCUGUGUUCUGUUACAUCUGGAAUUAUUGUAAUUUCACGAAUUAUAAAUAGAUUUCUUCAAAAAUUAUUUGAGAAUUUCCUUAACGUCUUCGCACCUGGCAGCUAUGCAAUGAUCCAAGAAAAAUCGUCAUUGAAUGCGAAUUCUCAAAAUAGCUCCAACAUGUUCGAAGUUUUCACAGACGUUAAUGUCAUUUAAUGUCAUUUUUGCUGUUAGGUACUUUUCUAAACACUUCUCUCAAAUUUCGAUAAAAUUAAGGUCAUUAUAUAAUCAAAGUUACUUUUAAGUGAUGUUAUUCCUAAGAGAUUUCAUAUAGGGUUAGUCAAAAGAGCGGUAUACAUUUCAAAUGCCGUUUUUUUGGUAUAAAAACCAAUCACAACCAGCAAAAGAUCAGCAUACGGUUUCUUAAAAAAAAUUUAAUUUGAAAUUUAUAAAUCUUCCAAAACCGUUCAAAGGAUAAUUUAUUGAUUUUUUAGGUAUUUAUAAAUUACGAUUUUUAUAUGAAAAUAAAAAUAAAGUUCACUUUAACUUUUUACACAAAAAAGACCUAACAACGGUGGUAAUUAUUAACGGUGGACCUUAAAAAAGUUUUCGUCUUGAAAAUCCUGAUUGAAAUUUUGAGUCCACAAAAAAAUUUGAUCAACCAAGAAAAAAAUUCUUAGACCACCGUA